AUGUGUGGAGACAUUCAUCCCAAUCCAGGACCAACAAUGACUAACAUUAAUUCAACUAGCAGCGGUAACGUCGGUUCGCGUAAACAGAAUACUGAACAAAAAGAUUCCAGCUUGUUUUGCAUGGACAUGAAUGCAAGGAGUUUGAGAAAGACCUUCCUUACGCAGGAGAAUCGUCAAAUUUCCAAUAUGUUCAAGUUUCAAGAGCUGGUUUACUCAGAAUCGAUUGAUUUAAUGUUCGUGACUGAAACUUGGUUCAACAGCAAUAUAUCUGAUAGAGAAAUCUUACCAAUUGGGUAUGACAUUUACAGAACUGACAGAUCACUGGGACGUUCUGGGGGAGACGUACUUAUUGCAAUUAAACAAGAUACUUUCAUAAAUUGCAAUCAAAUUUCGUCUGUUUCUAUGAAAAACUUAGAGGCUGUUGCUAUCGAGUGUUCAUUACCAAACCUCACGAAAUGGCUUGUUGUAUGUUGUUACAGACCUCCCGAUAGUAAUGAUAUGUCUGAUUUCCGUUCCUUUGCUGAUAAGUUAUUUCCUGUCUACGACAAGAUCCUUAUCGCCGGUGACUUUAACCUCCCGAAUAUUUCUUGGACAGAUUCUAACUAUACCGCAACAGGUUCAUUGAAUCAGAACUUCUGUGAUGUAUUAGACGACUACUUCAUGUCCCAACUUUGUUUGGUUCCCACUAGAGAGUCAAACAUUCUGGAUUUACUAUUUACCAACCAACCAGAACACAUAACAUUAACGGCCGUCCACCCUCCAGCUGAGUUAGGAAUGAAUUCUGAUCAUAAUAUCAUACACUUCCAAAUCUCUACCUCAUCAAAUAUUGUCCUUCCAAACAAACGUUUGAUCUACGAUUACAGACAAGCAAACUUUGACGGUUUACGAAAAAAACUAAAUGAUAUGGAACUUUGCACUCUGUUAACAAACAAUGGGACGAAAUGCAGUAUCGAUGGCGACUGGUUCACGUGGAAGAAAGCUAUGUUUUCAGCUAUGAAUGCAUUUAUCCCCACCAAACACGUAGACCCCCAUCGAACACCUCCUUGGAUAACAUCAACCAUACUACAUCAAAUUCGUAAAAUGGUAACUGCCCGAAUUGAGAUUUCUAAGCCGAGGGACUGAAUAUCUCAAGGCGAAAUUCAACCAGCUAAGAACUGACGUAAAAAAAUUAAUUAAAGAAAGUAGAAAGUUGUUUUUCUCAUCCUUAGGAAACACCCUACGAAUCAAUCCAAAACGUUUCUGGUCUGUCUUUAAAAUCAACUCGAACACCGGAACUAUCCCUAAGUCAGUAUCAAGGACAAAUCCCAACAUUCCGGAGACUACAUGCAAACACGCCUCGCGAUAUUGCAACACUGUUCAAUGAAUAUUUCCAUUCUGUCUACACUAACUUCUCGGGACAAUGUUCAUCACCCCGGCCUGAUUCUUUACCUCCACUAUCCAGUAUAUCAUCCAUUGACUUCUCUCUAGAAGAAGUUUACCUAGCCUUACAGAACUUAGAUCCCUUCAAGGCUCAUGGUCCUGAUGGUUUUCCUUCUCGUGUUUUAAAGGAAUGUGCAUUCCAACUUGCUCCUUCUCUACACUACCUGUUCACAAAGUCCCUCCGCUUAUCACAGAUUCCCACCGAAUGGAAGUUAGCCAACAUCAUCCCUCUACACAAGAAAGGUGUAAAAGAACAAGUGGAAAAUUACCGACCCAUUUCUUUGUUAAGCAUUGUCAGCAAGACUCUUGAACGCUGUGUCCUAAACCACCUAUUUCUACGCAUACAGGAAAGCGUUCACUCAGCACAAUAUGGAUUCAUAAUUGGAAGGUCUAGCACAUCUCAAUUACUAUCGACAUUACACAAAAUAGGGAAGGACUUAGAUAAAAGACUACAAACUGACGUUGUCUUCAUGGACAUUUCCAAGGCUUUCGAUACCGUUGACCACGCCAAACUGUUACAAAAACUUCGCGAUUUCGGUCUAUCUGGCUCUCUCUUGUUGUGGUUCGAAAACUAUCUGUCAGGUCGCUGUCAAGAGGUAACUGUUCACGGCGCGACAUCUACUCCCUUUCCAAUAACAUCCGGAGUCCCACAAGGUUCAUUGCUGGCUCCCUUCCUCUUCUCGGUGUACAUUAACGAUUUGCCCGAUAACAUAUCCAUUUCUACUGGGGUCGGUUUGUAUGCUGAUGAUACCAAACUGCACAGAUGUGUGCAAAAUCGUAACGAUGCAUUGGCAUUGCAAUCGGAUAUUCAAAGCCUCCAUUGUUGGUCAAAUGAGAACCUGUUGAGCUUUAACAAAUCGAAGUGUAAAGUGUUGUCUAUCACGAGAAGGACGUCUCCCUUAAUUUACCCAUAUGCACUUGGCGAUCACCAACUAUUGUCGUCUGAUGUAGAGUCUGAUCUGGGCAUUACGAUCAGUUCUAGACUAUUAUGGAAUGUUCAGAUCAACAAAGUUCGGUCAAAAGCCAACAAAACGCUCGGGUUAAUUCGACGUUCCACCAUGGAGAUAACGGAUAUGAACACGAGAAGAUUUCUGUAUCUUCAACUUGUGCGAAGUAACUUCUCCUAUGCAACCCAAGCCUGGUGUCCUCAGUCAGUGAAACUUAUCGAGGACGUUGAGAAAGUGCAGAGACGAGCAACUAAAUACAUAUUGAAUCUUGGGUUUAUCACAAACAUUUCUCACAAGACAAGACUCCUUCAGCUUGACAUAUUACCUGUCUCAUAUUGGAACGAAUACUUGGAUCUGGUGUUCCUCUACAAGAACAUCAAUAAUCUUACAUACAUUGACGAACGUGCUCUACCGAUCAUGGCUGGAUCAGGAAUUACAAGAAGUGAAUCAAACGCAAACCUGA